AAGGGAAAUGCGCAAGCGCUGUAGUGCUAAAAAUGUGGCAGACGGAUGAAUCAUUUUGUUGUGAUGUCAUUUGUGUGCGUUGACCUGACCCUGAUGAUGUUGAUUGCACGAGUAUUUAAAUCUCAAGGACAUCAAAGUAAGGACUACCUUCAGAUUUAUAGAUACAUCUCGGCUACAAUGUAAAAUAAUCGGGAGAGAGCUAUGGAGAAAAUUUUCCAGGUGAUUGAGAAGAACAACACACAGAAGCUGAGAUGUCUCCUAUCUGAAACUGGGGAAACUGAGUAUGUAGUAGAUGGAUGGACUCCACUGACCUAUGCUUGUGAGAGAGGGAAAGAGGAAAUGGUGGCAAUUUUAAUUGAAUACAUUAAACAGAGUGAACAGAAUGAAAAAACAAGGAAGAUUAAGAUAGGAAAUUCCAUUUACACUAACACAAUUCUUGAUGUCCACAAUGGCAAUGGAGAAACACCAUUAACCUGUGCAGCUAGAGCCAAUCACCUAAAGAUAUGUGAAAUACUGUUAGAUGAAGGAGCCUGUAUAAAUCAAACUACACAGUAUGUUCACCAGACUCCUCUACAUGUAGCAAUAGAACAUGGAAACACAGACAUUGUAGAUUAUCUCAUAAGCCGUGGAGCUGAUGUUCAGAUUGCUGACAAUGUGAAUAUUUCACCCCUGUAUACUGCCAUAAAGAGUGGAAAUUGUGACAUAGUGUGCAUGCUUAUAGAUGCUGGCUGUGAUGUUAAUUUGGGCAGCCAGGACCAUGCACCAAUUUUUUUAGCUGCAAGACUAGGAUUGCUGGCAAUAAUACAGAUUCUUUGUGAAGCAGGUUGCAACAAAGACUUUGCAAACAAAUAUGGUGUAACUCCCCUAGCAGAGGCUGUGCAAAAAGAUCAUAUAGGUAUUGUGGAAUACUUGAUUGAGCAGCAGUGCAAUGUUAACAAAACCGAUAUCAAUGGUGUCAGUGCCUUACACAUUGCCUGUCAGCGUGGAAAUCUGGAGGCUGUCAGACUUCUUAUGACUGGCAGAGCUAAUCCAAUAUUGAAGACCUCAAGUGGUAAAACCGCCUUCCAGCUGGCCAUAGAAAACAACAAAUGUGAAGUAGUGGAGUAUUUGAUGAAUUUGGGUGCCGAUAUUUUAUCUCAACCAUUUGCAAACAAAAGCUUAAACAGUAUUGCCAAAGUUUUUGACAGAGGUCAUGUGCAAACAGCUGAAGUUUUACUGAGAGGAUGCCCUAAGUUACCCCUCCCUCACUAUCCCGGGGUUACAGAUAUGUUUUGCAACAAUGGUCACCUGAUGAAGAUGCUAUUUCUGUCUGGUAUCCAAACCAUUCCUGGUGUUCUUAUUGUACCCAGACUUCACCCUCAACAUGUGAACCACAAAGAAAUAUCAGGAUGGCUGGAAAACUUUCACAAAAACCCACUUUCUUUGCAAUCAUUGUGUCGUAUCAGAGUGCGACGAUGCCUUGGAAAUACUUUGUUAUUGAAAGUUCAGUCUUUGCCAAUUCCACCAUAUCUUAAAGAUUUUGUUGCCCUUAAGAAUAUGUGAUCUUCUUGGCUUACCCGAGUGAAGUGCUGGAGCUUUCCUAAUGAAAGUGCUUGUUACCUAUCUGUUAACUUUUUUAACAACUUCAUUUUGAGAGACAUUGGCAAACUCGUAUAAAAUCAUCUUUGACUAGAGAACAAUGCCUCCUUUCUAUAUAUAUUUAAUGUAGUUUAUUGAAUUUGGGAAUAUAUAGAAAUAGAUUGGAUCAAUUUUUAAAAUCUCCAGAAGUCUUCAGUUAGCCACAACGUACAUAUCGUGAUGAAAGCAGUACUCAAACCAUUUGACUUCUUAAAACAAGGUUACGGUGUACAGUUUAGGCAAAGAGGGGACCAAAAUUUAAAUAGAGUCCACAGAUCUUCUCAGGUGCAGCUGCAGUUUUGAAAAUAUCAAGCACUCUUCAGUAGUAUAAAUUCUAGACUUUAGACAUCUUUACUACUCCAUUUAAAAAGUAACACUGCACAGAGUUGCGAUACAGAGCUUGUUAUGUAAAAAAAAAACUGGUCAAAACCUGUAUAAAGGAGGCUUGGCCUUCAGUUACUGUUCUGUUAAUUUUACAUUUCAUAUAUGUAUGUGCACUGAGUAGAGGAAACUUAAAUUUCAAAAUAUUCGAACAUUCUAUUAAGCAAUUGUAGAUACAGUGUAAGCUUUUAAUGAAUGUCUUUUGACCUCUAUUGUGCAAAUAAAUACCCAAAAAAUUAUAUUAUCAUAACGACAGAUGACAAAAAAUAUUCACUCAAAGCUUAGAUUCAGAGAAAACAAUAUUAGCUGUCAAAGAGGCACCUCAUAUAAACCAGAACUGUUUCACUGUACAUAUUUUAUCAAAUCCAUUACUUGUAUACCUAGUGCUCAAAUGACAUCAAAUAUGUACAUUGUAGAUCUGUACUAUGUGGCAGUUUUAUGAUUGCUUGUGAACAUGAACAUAUUGGUCUUCAAAGUAGACCUUGGAUGUACUGUGCUGUGAUAUUGUACAAGAUGUUCUGAACUUGAACCCCAUCUCAUCUCUUAAUAUCAGUGCUCAACAGUUUUUCUGUUGUUUUGUAUGCUAUUUUUGUUUGGUUAUUAUUCAUGUAUGUAUGUAUAUUAAUGUACUGUGCUGUGAUAUUGUAUAUGAAGUUCUGAACUUGAACCCCAUCUCAUCUCUUGAUGUCAGUGCUCUACAGUUUUUAUGGUUUUUUUGUUUGCUCAUUAUUCAUCUAUAUAUGUAUUUUAUGCAUUUUUGAUGUCAAGUCACUUAAUUGUUGAAACUGUAUUUUUAAGAAAUUGUUAAAUUUACUUGUAUUUAUACACUAACUGCUUUUAUUGAUUAAAGAAAAGUAUCGAG